AUGGGGUCGGAACUAGGAGUCACGCCCGACUCGAAGCCGGAGCCUGUAUACAGUCCGGUAAGCAUCUGGUGGGCCACCUGGGCAGGCGUCUGGACAGUCCUCGUCGCCAGUGGCAUUGCCUAUCUCAUCGCUCGUCGGGACACUCCUAUUCUGCGCAUCCGAGGCCUCGGCCUGUCGCUCUCUGCUAUCGUUCUCCUUCAUUUGUAUUACGCCCCUGUCCAGUUCGGCACCAUGAUCGGCCCCAUCAUGCCGGGAGAUGCUCAGUUCUGGAUCAUGGGCACUUUUCUACCAUGCGGAAUCGCUCUCUUUCACGCGUCCAACAGUCGUUUCCUUUACGUCGCAAAGCUCCAGGAGAAAUAUGUCUACAACGAUCGUCGACUCAUCGAUUUCGGUCCGAACCAAAAGAAGAGCGGCCUGAUCGGCCGCUUCAAGCGUCUCGAUUACAAUACCAGGAUCCUUGUUCUCGUUGGAAUGGGGAUGAUUGCCCAGAUCCUGCUCACUAUCAUCAUGUGGUUGAUUUCGCGCAAGUGGCAUCCCACUUGGGGAAUUCCAGGCACAGAGGUUACCGGUCCCAAAAUGGCCCAGUUAUCGGCGAUGGGUCGGGGCUGGGAGUGGUGGCCGAGUAUCUUUUGGCAACUGUUUUGGGCCUGGAUCUUUGCUCCUAUUGUUCUCUGGAAGUCUCGCAAUAUCCGCGAUACCCAUGGCUGGCGAGUUCAGACCAUCGGCUGUGCUAUAGCCAAUCUCCCCGGCGCCCCCCUGUGGCUUAUUUCCCUCUACGUCCCUGCGUUUGACAAAGUGAACCAAGUCUGGCUGCCUCCACAGUGGGUAUGUCUUUCGAUCCUGGUCAUGGAGAUCUUCACCGUCUUCCUUCCCUGCUGGGAGGUAAUGCGCCACCAGGCGCUCCGCAAGGAGACCCUCGACGCCAUCGCGCAGUGGGAGGAAAAGAACAAGAAAAACAGCUCGGCCAGCAAAUCCCUUGCCGAGACGGCCACUCUGGUCGAAUCCAUCAUGACCGGCGGCAAGUCCACCAACGGCUCCGUCCAGACCAACCACUCUCGUGACAGUAUCCUGACCAUGGGCGCUCUCGAGUAUGCCCUCGAGCGAGACCCAGCACCUCUCCAGCGAUUCUCCGCCCUCAGCGACUUUUCCGGCGAGAAUAUUGCUUUUUUGACCAGUGUCGCCGAAUGGAAAGACUCCUUCCCCAAGGCCAUCCGGGAUAACACCGCCCCUCGGGACAGCAACACUGAGGACUUGAUCCGCGAGCGAUUCAACCGCGCGUUGCGCAUCUACGCCGAGUUCAUCAGCGUCACGCACGCCGAGUUUCCCAUCAACAUCUCGUCUCAGGAUCUCCGAAAGCUUCAAGACGUUUUUGAGCAGCCCGCUCGAAUCCUGUACGGUGACGAGCGCGAGGUCGAUCCCGCCACUCCUUUUGAUACCUUCAAGCCACCCGCGUCGCCGACCUAUUCGAAUAACUCGCAAAAGGAGCUGCAGAGCUCCGUGAGCGCCAUUCAUGAUCGCGUGCAAUACUGGGGUGAUGUUCCCGAGUCGUUCGGGCCGAAUGUCUUUGACGAUGCGCAGGAGAGCAUCAAGUACCUCGUUCUCACCAAUACGUGGCCCAAGUUCGUCAAGACCCGGACGGUGUCGAUAGACUCGGGCAAAACGAUGCAUGGGAUGAAUGUCUGA